GCCGCGCGACCUGCACAACGCGCUGCUGGUGGCGUUCGCGGCGGCGCGCUACCGCGACCUGGUGGCGGAGCAGCGCUGGCGGCCGCGCGUUCUCGCCACGCACUGCACGCGCCUGGGCGCGCGCCUGCUGCCCGACGCCGCCGCCGCCCUCUACCUGCACUCCUUCUCGGACGCGCGGCGCGCGCAGCUGGAGGCCCAGGCCGGCAACUUCCUCUUCGAGGUCACCAACACCUUCCUGCGGGAGCUGGACCACGCCCCCUGGCUCCACGAGGGCGCCGCGGAGGCGCUCAGGAAGGACCUCGAGUACAAGAUGGAG